UAUGCGGAAGUUGUGAGCAUCAUGUGCGUUUGUUUGGCCAGUGCAGUAGAUUACGAUUAUUAAUCAGUUCGCGUUAUUUAUACUCAUUUUAAAACAUCUGUUUCAUAUGCAGAAAGUUUAGUAGUAGUUACGUGUCCAAAAAUGUUGCUCUUUAAUCCUAGUAAGGAGCUAGUUAGAAUAGUUUAGCUGAAAUAACCCGUGGUGGAGGAUCUAUGAUGAUUUAUACCGGUAAACAAUCUUGUUCGUCUGAAGCGUGUUUGUGCUGGACUCCGUCAUGGCAUCCAUAGUCAAUGACACGGCUGAAGCUCUGGAUCUGUGUCCGGAGUAUCACCUCUACCUGAAGCCCAUCGCCAAAAUGACCAUCAGCGUGGCCCUUCCUCAGCUGAAGCUGCCCGGUAAAUCCAUCUCUAACUGGGAGGUGAUGGAGCGGCUGAAGUCCAUGGUGCAGCCGGAGCAGUUCUCCUCGCUCCGCAUCUCCAAGAGCACCAUGGACUUCAUCCGCUUCGAGGGCGAGGUGGAGAACAGGAGUGUGGUCAAACGCAUCCUGAGCAAACUGGAGGGGAAGAGCAUCAAACUGAGCGGAUUCACCGACAUCCUGAAGGUGCGGACAGCCGAGAAUAAAGUAGACUUCCCGACACGCCACGACUGGGACUCGUUCUUCAGAGAUGCCAGAGACAUGAACGAGACGGUUCCUGGAGAGCGUCCAGACACAGUUCAUCUGGAGGGGCUUCCCUGCAAGUGGUUCGCGCAGAAGGACGGUUCUCCUGACAGACCGUCAGAGGCCGUCCUGAAGACUGUUUUUGAGCAGUUCGGCAAGAUCCGGAAUGUGGACAUUCCCAUGCUGGAUCCUUACCGCGAGGAGAUGACGGGGAAGAACUUCAACACAUUCUCGUUCGGAGGACACUUGAACUUUGAAGGUUACGUGCAGUAUCAGGAUCACACAGGCUUCGUCAAAGCCGUGGACUCACUGAGAGGAAUGAAGCUGAUGUUUAAAGGGGAUGAUGGGAAAGCCGUGGCCUGCAAUAUCAAGGUAACGUUUGACACGACUAAACACCUGAGUGAAUCUUCACUAAAGAAACGACAGCAGGAGCGACUGAAGCUUCAGGAGCUCGAGAGACAGAGAGAAGAGCACAAACGACGAGAGAAGGAGGAAGAGGAAAGACACAAAGAGGAAGAGAGAAAACAGCAUCAGCAGGAGGAAGAGGAGAAAGAGAGGAGACGAGAGGGGAAACUGCGUAAACGCGAGCAGAAGUUGAAGGAGAGAGAGGAGAAGAAGAACCAGAAGAAGAUGAAGAAACAGCAGGAGGAAGAGCAGAAGAAGCUUCACCUGAAGAUCGCCAUGGAGGAGAGGAAACUUCUGCUGGCCCAGAGGAACCUGGAGUCCAUCAGACUCAUCGCCGAGUUGCUGAGCAGAGCAAAGACUCUGAAACAGCAGAAGAUGGAACGACAGAAGGUGGAGCUGGUGCGGCUGCAGCAGCUGGAGGAGCGCAGACGUCUGCAGGAGGAGGAGCUGCGGCGCGUUGAGGGCGAGAAGGCGCGCACGCUCGAACUGCAGCGGAAAGAGCGUGAGCUGCGUGACAGACUGCUGGUAAACCUGCUGAAGAAAAGCACAAAUGCAGACGCACUAGAUCCGAAGACACAUGAGGACGCCAGUAUUGACGUGGAUCUGCAGGUCUGUGAGGUACGAACGCACGUGAACGGAGUGAUGCUCAAAGUGGACGCGAUAAAGACGGGUAACCAUGACGACAAGCCAAAGAAACAGGAGAAAGAGGUCAAAGGUGACGACCAGGACAGGUCGCAGAGGGACAAGCGCAGUACAGAACGCAGCAAGCAUGAGCGGUGCCACAACAGCAGAAGGCGGAGCCAUGAGCACAGAAGUCGCAGGAGGAGUCGCAGCCGCAGCAGAAGUCGUCAAAGGCGCAGCAGUAGUUGCAGGAGGAGUAGCAGCCGAACACGACACGCUCGCGGGAGGCGUAACAGAGAGAGUCCUGAGCGCCGCAGGAAGUACAGUCACAGCCAGAGCAGCAGCAGCAAAAGCAGCAGUCACAGUAGGAGUCGCUCGUCCAGUCGAGGACAUCGACGUCACUCUCACCAGCGCUCCAGACGGCACUGAGAGAGCGUGUUGAAUUAUAGUGAUGAAGGAAAAGCUGCAUGCUUGACUGAAUCUCUCGAAAACAUGUCCAGGCCGCAUCUCACUCCAAAAUCAAAGAAAAUCAAGUAUCUUUUGCUUAAAGAACAUUUUUAGGUCCUAUUUUUAGGACCAUAAAAAUAGUUUUUUGCAUUGUGGCAUUAUUUUCAUGACAAUAAAACACAAUUGAAGCAAGUUUGCCCCUAAAUUCUCAUUAACGAUGCGUUCUGUUUUUUUAUUAAUUUGCAUUAUUCUCAAAGAUGAUUCUCAUUACUUAUGUACAGUAACGUGUACUGUUUUUAUAAAAAUAAUUUUACAUGAAAUUAAUGAAAUGUGCUUUUUUUUUUUUUUUUUUUUUUUAUUAUUAUUAUUAUUAUUUAAAUUAGCGUUUCCUAUCCAAAUAUUUUCAUAUCAAAUUCUCAUUACUGCAGUGCAUCCAGGUAUUUUACUUUGAUUUUUCAUAGUAAUAAUUUGACAUUAAAAUAAUUGAAUACAAUGUUUUUUUUUUUCUGAAGACUUUUUAAGUUCAAAAUUAAAAGCUGUAUCAAAAUGCUUUAUGAUUAAAAUAAUAUUUCAUUAUUUUUAUAUUACUGAGAAUUUUUUGGUCAUGAGAAUUUGAAACUUAACUUUUUACUAUUACAUGAAUUUUACUUUAAAAUUAUUACCGUGAAUGCAUUAAAAUAAUGCUGUAUUUCAGAAAUUAAUCAUCAUUGAGAAAAAAAUUAUUAAUAAUAAUGCACCACUGUAUUGGGGGGGAUAAUUUGACGUUUUUUUUAAUAGAUUUUUCAUAAUUCUCGAUGAUUCAUAUUACUUAUAUUCAGUAAUUUUUUGCAGUUUUUAUAGUUAUAAUUUUACAAUAAAUUAAAUAUGUUCUUUUAUUUAAAUUAACAUUUCCAAACCAAAUACUUUCAUACCAAAUUUUCAUCACUGUAUUGUGUCGUGGCGUUUUACUUUUGAAUUUUUUAUUUUUAAAUAUUUUCAUUAUUCUCAAUGGUGAUUCUCAUUACUGAUUUACAGUAUUUUUUCCAGUUUUUAUGUAUUUUUACUGUAAAAUUAAUGUUACACAAUUUUUUUUAAAUAAGUGAUUUUUUUUCAUUUAAAUCAGAAUACAUUUAAAAGCACUACAACAAAUACUAUCGUGAUGUGUAAACACUUUAAAAUAUAAAUUAUAUAUAUUUUUUUAAAUUACAUAACAGAAUUUACAUUUUGGUAAUGAGAAUUUGAGGGGAAUGUUAAUUUUUAUUGUGUAUUAUUACUAUAAAAGCAGUGCAAAAAUACUGUAUUUCAGUAAAGAGAACCAUAAUUGAGAAUAAUGAAAUACAUUUUUUUAAAGUAAAACACCCAUGACAGAAAUGAGAAUUUGAAGGGAACAUGUGCUUUAUCGUCAUGACAAUAAUGUCACAAUGCAAACAAACAAACAAAUCAUUCUUUUGAUUUUGGGGUGAAAGCGCUGAAUAAAUUCUUGAGUGAGAUUAGAAUUAGCCGCUACAGUAUCACCGCUGAUGUUUGUAUUUUAUUCGACUGUAUUUGUCCAAUUAGGAUUUAAAUAAUAAGAGCGUUCAGACGGUUGAAGAUCUCCACGUGUGUUUUCUCUCACUGUUCACAUACACUUCAUUAUAGCGAGCCCCAGUUUGCUUUGAUAAGAACAAGUGCUUUUCUUUCUGUUGUUUGCCUUAUGAGGACUCAUUUAACCACUGAUUCUCGUUAAUAUCAAAUAAUGUGGCAUAAACAGCGUUAUAAAACUAAAAGACUAAAGCUUUUUAUUGUUUGUUGUUGUAGUCUUUGCUAAAGCUUUUCUUUAAGAUUGUUAUACACUUGAUAAGUUGUUUCAUCAUUAUUAUUCUUUGUAGACUACAAUCCUCUGUUUAUUACUUGAAUUUUAAUUUGACAAUCAUUUAGAAAAUGCUAUGAGGAUUGUUCAAUUUAUUUCCAUUAUUUCAAAGUUGGCACCGUUUAUUGUAACGCUCUCAAAGUUAUUCAGAAGUGUGACGGUUUGUCGUUUUCUUCUGCACAAGCACCAAACUUGAUUUCAUUUUAAACUACAUUGUUUGAGUCGUUGUAUUCACAGUUUAAUGGUGGAACAGCAACUAAAGGAAACAUGAAUAAACAGUGAUAUGGAACGCAAUCGGUAUCUUCAUUUUACAUUAAAAAAAUUCUGGCUUAAACUGAAGACUGUGACGUAUAGUGG